CGCAAACUACAAUUCCCGGCGGGGAGAGUGGUGAAGGGGGGUGGGAUCUGAAAAUGGCGGCGGUGGUAGCUGCUACGGCGCUGAAGGGCCGGGGGGCGAGAAAUGCCCGCGUCCUCCGGGGGAUUCUCUCAGGAGCCACAACUAACAAGGCUUCCCAGAACAGGACCCGGGCACUGCAAAGCCACAGCUCCCCAGAGUGCAAGGAGGAGCCUGAGCCCUUAUCCCCUGGACUGGAAUACAUUCCCAGAAAGAGGGGCAAGAACCCAAUGAAAGCUGUGGGACUAGCCUGGGCCAUCGGCUUCCCCUGUGGUAUCCUCCUCUUCAUCCUCACCAAGCGGGAAGUGGACAAGGACCGUUUGAAGCAGAUGAAGGCUCGGCAGAACAUGCGGGCAUCCAACACGGGCGAGUAUGAGAGCCAGAGGUUCAGGGCCUCCUCCCAUCAUGCCCCAACUCCUGAAGCUGGGUCCAGGGUGCAGUGGUGAGGAACACUGCAACCCUCCCCUAGACUGUAUUGAUUGUGGCCUCCAGACUGUCAAGUCCUUUCUGGUCUUUGCCUCUGAGGCCCACCAGAGGGCGCAUGAAGCCCAGGCUGCUGCCAGCCCCAUCCCCUUCCGAGAAACCAGCCAAAGGCAAAUAAAGUUACUGAGUGUUUGAGUGGAAAGGAA